AUGGACUCGAGUCUGGUGAACGCUGUCCACGAAUUAUCCAGCCGUGGACUGGUGAAAGCAGCAAGAUGGGCUGCUGAAGCACUUGACGGCAUAGAAGUGGAAGUCGAAGCUACUGCGGCAACGCCGAUCAAGCCCAGCACGCUGCUUGGAAAGGCGUAUUUCGACAAUCGCGAGUAUAAUCGAUGCUGGCACUACCUGAAUAAACAGCAAUCGCUGGAUUCUGUGGGCCAAUUCUUGGCUAUUUACGCGCGAUAUCUUGCUGGCGAGAUAGAAAAAGAAAAUAGCGACGAUGGCACUUUUAAAACUGGCGCAGCGGGCUCGCAGAACCCCUAUUUGGCUGGUCUGCUGCGCCAAGUAGAAAUAAGUCAAGAUCCUUUCCUUUUGUACCUAAAAGGGGUUCUACAGAGGCGAAUGGGAGAUGAGGAUGGCGCAAUAGACGCCUUGGUGCAAAGCAUUUCCGGGUAUAAUUUCAAUUGGAGCGCCUGGCAAGAGUUACUGGCGUGCUUGGGUAAACCAGGCGAUUUUACCAAGAUUCUGGCCCAGCUAAAGACUGACGAUAAAAUCGAUAAGAAUAUGUUGAACUUUUUUAUUGUUUACGGCAACCAGGAGUUCUUUUUGCCGCAAACGCGAAGUGUUCAGGCUUUGCUGGAACUCAAGUCCAAGUUCCCUUCUUUCGCAUUCGUUGAUAUCCAACGUGCCCUCAUCAGCAUUCAUAACCUCGAUUAUGAUGAUGCAGAAGUGAUUUUUGCAAAAGUCCUUGAGGACGACCCCUACCGCCUUGACGACCUGGAUCAUUACUCGAAUAUGCUUUACGUCACAGAGCAGCAAGGUAAGUUGUCGAAACUCGCAUACACCGUGGCAAAAACCGACAAGUUCCGAGCAGAAUCAUGUUUCAUUAUAGCCAAUUAUUACUCACUGAAUGGAGAGCAUGAGCGCGCCGUGACAUAUUACCAACGAGCUUUGAUUUCGAGCCGACAGCAUUUACCAGCUUGGACCCUCCUGGGCCACGAGUUUGUUGAGCUCAAAAAUACCCACGCUGCAAUUGAAUGCUAUCGUACUGCUGUUGAUAUUAAUAAACGUGACUUCCGAGCAUGGUACGGGCUGGGGCAAGCAUACGAGGUGUUGGAUCAAUACCAAUACGCCCAGUACUAUUAUCAAAACGCUUUGGGAUUGCACCCGGGCGAUGUUCGAAUGUGGGCUGCGUUAGCCAAUUCCUGUGAAAAGCUGCACCAGUACGAUAAAGCAAUUUCUAUUUAUGAGCAGGCCCUCCGCAUAGCAUCUGUGGACAGCUUCCUGAGCUACAAACUAGGCACUCUGUACGAGCUGAUUGGGGACUCGUCCCAGGCCCUUAAAUGCAUGCAGGCAUGCGUUGAACUUGAUUCGGGUGAAGACCAAGAUGCCGAACAGGAUGAAGAGUGGGUUGGCCAAGCACAUCUCUGGCUCGCCCGGCGCGCCUUGAAAAACGGAGCGUGGGAAGAUGCCCAUCGCCAUGCCACGGCUGCAGAAGGAAACAUCCAGCUGCUUGAAGACGCUCGGGCGAUUGUGCGCGAUGCGGCAAGUCGGCUACGGGUUCGAGGCAAUGGCGAAAUAGCAUAA